CUAGUAGAUUUCCUAACUAGAAGUAAUUCCCUCUGAAGAGAAGAGAAAGCAUUGCUUGAGUAACAGCUUGCUGGCCCAGAGGCUUCGGUUUUAGACAUAAUAUAAGGAAACGCGUAAACAUACACAAACAGAAGAUACCGGAGCACAUAUACAGAAAUGCACAGAAACACACAAUUAUACACAAGCACACAUACUAACACUCUCAUCGAAAACAUACCUAGUCACCCUGGAAUCUAGAGCGCACAAUAGUUACCCUCCUCUCUCACACUGCCUCACUCGCUCAGUAUGGCUCUCUGGCGCUCUUCCUCACUCCCGCUCACAUAACUCUAUCGUUGAGCUGUCUGCUUAGAUACAGCGGCGAGUACUUAGAAAGUCCUUCCUUCUUUUUCUUUGGCAUUUUGUUACCCCUCUCCCAGUGCGGUUCAUUUUCGUUAUUGGAACGAAGAUGUAAUUGUGUCAAGCUGCCACAAUUUAAAAGUGAACGCUGACAAAGGAGCAACGGGAUCAUUGACUGAACCAACGGGGGGAACCCCCUCCUUUACAAGCUCAACAAAGUCCAGGUGGCCGGUCGGACAAUGGCAGCCAUGUGAUUGGCGGCGUCGGAGAGCGCGGAAUGUCCAGCAUGCUGAGCUGAAAACCUGCAGCCAGAACCCCCCCCCCACCGCCUCCCGUCCUUUAUGAGGACCCCAAGAUGACUGUCACCAGCCGACAGUCCUUCAACGUCCUGACGGUCAUCUUCCUCCUGCUCUCCACUGCGGCCCUAUCAGCUCAUUUCAGAGUGUGUGAGCCCUACUCUGACCACAAGGGGCGCUACCACUUUGGUUUCCACUGCCCUCGCCUCUCGGACAACAAGACCUACAUGUUCUGCUGUCACCACAACAACACAGCUUUCAAGUAUUGCUGCAACGAGACCGAGUUCCAGACAGUCAUGCAGGUUAACCUGACCACCAUCACAGAUGGCUUCGCUCACAAUAACUACACGGCCUUGAUAGGAGUGUGGAUCUAUGGUUUCUUUGUCAUGGUCCUGCUGGCCUUGGACUUCCUCUACUACUCUGCCAUUAAUUAUGAGCUGUGCCGUGUCUACCUGGAGAGGUGGGGCCUGGGUGGGCGCUGGCUGAAGAAGGCCAGGAGUCAGUGGCACCGUGCGGCCCUGGCGGAGGAGAGCGAGACCCAGGGGCAUGGACAGGUUCACCCUUUGGUCCUCAGCCAUCACCACCCCAGACACAGCCUCAGAGAAGAAGUCCCGAGCCCCCUCCCCUACCACACGCCCACUGCCUGAGUGAUGCUGCAGGAUGAAUGCGUAGAAGAGGGAAGCGAUGCUGAAUAAAGCGCGCCCACAGACGAGAGCGCAGCUUACGACACCCGUCUCUGUCUGGACUUUUGACACUGUAACAAACCACAGGUGGCUUAGCCAACCAAGCUAGCAACUAGCUGACAGCGCCAGGAAACAGUCCGUUCCCAUUCCUCUGAGCAGCUCCACUGCUGGACCAAGAGAAAUGGGCUAACAUCGCCUACUGGCUAACCUGCCUAUUGUGGCUCAUAGAAACUGAGCAGGGCUCUGGAAGAGACAGUAUCUCGACAUGGUUGCGGUGUACGUUACACUGUGACGAGGGCCCGGGUGGCACAAGCGGUUACUCUAAGCAACGGAACCGGCAACAGAUACCGGGAUAGAAAAUAGAACUACGGGCUGUCACUGUUCCAAGAAGAAGCCGGUGGAAACUUUAAGCGGACUGGAUCAACUGUGGUUACAGGAAGCAAAGCUUUGUAUUGUUAAACACCUUUCUAAAUAUAGAGUGUUGAUUGCAUUUGGUUGCUGUUUUGGGGUUUACAUUCAGUAGUGAUUAGUAGAAGUCUUGGGAGUACAGUAUCUAUUGGUGAUUCAUUUAAUGUAAAGUAGUCAGGGACUUUUUAUGAGUGGAUAUUAUCUAAGAUAAUUCACAAUAGGGGCGAUUACUUUGUAGACACCACACUGACAAAGAUUACAUAUCUCCCGCUUUAUUUGGUUAUAUAUCUCCCGGGGGGUACUUGGCCUCCCCACAGGUGGUACUUGGCCUCCCCACAGGUGGUACUUGGCCUCUCCACGGGGGGUACCUGUCCUCUCCAUGGGGGGUACUUGGCCUCUCCACAGGGGUUACUUGGCCUCUCUGCAGGGGGUCCUUGAAAACAGUUAUGACAUCAUAGGCUUACUAGUGAAAUUAAGAUGAGGGGGUACUUCAGGGGUACUCCAAGAAGAACAAAAUGAUGUGGGUGUUACAGUAACUGAAAAAGUUUGGGAACCAUUGUCAAUCUGUCUUCAGAAAAGGCCUGUGUGUUUUUUGUGAUUUAUCUGGUGACGCUUCCUCUGUGACCGUGGCGAAUUCUGAAUUAUUGUCCAGUCCGGACUAUAAACCCAAUAGGUGUAUUUGAAUUACAACUCUGUUUGCAAAAAGGUUACAGCGACGCUGUUUACAAUGUAAAUAAAAACAGAAUGCAACGAUGUGCAAAUCAUUGAAACCCUAUAUUCAAUAGAAAAUAGUACAAAGACAACAUAUCAAAUGUUGAGACUGAGACAUUGAAACUGAAAUAUGCUCACUUUGAAUUUGUUUCUAAAAUUGCAAAGAGUUUGGGGAUCUUAUCAUCUAUGGUACACAAUAUCAUUAAAAGAUUCAAAGAACCUGGAAAAAUCUCUGUAUGCGAUGGGCAAGGCCGAAAACCAAUAUUGGAUGGCCUUGAUCUUUGGGCCCUUAGGCAGCUCUGCAUUAAAAACAGACACAAAUCUGUAGUGGAAAUUACUGCAUGGGCUCAGGAACACUUCUGAAAACUAUUGUCUGUGAACAAUAGUACGUUGUUGCAUCCACAAAUGCAAGUUCAAACUCUACCAUGCAAAGAAUAAACCAGAUAUAACUGAGGUGGAGUGAAAAACUGUCCUGUGGUCUGGUAAAUAAAAAAAUAUAAUUAUUUUUAGGAAUCAUGGACUCCCCUUGUCCUCCACACUAAAGAGAAGAGGGACCAUUCGGCUUGUUAUUAGCACACAGUUCGAAAGCCAGCAUCCUUGAUGGUAUGGGGGUGCAUUAGUGCACAUGGCAAGGGUGACUUGCACAUCUGUGUAAGUACCAUUAAUGCAGAACAAAAUAUACAGAUAUAGGAGCAAUAUAAGCUGCCAUCCAAACAAUGUCUUUUUCAGGAAAAGCUUUGCUUGUUUCAGCAAGACAAUGUCAAACCAUAUUAUGCACGUAUUACAAUGGUAUGGCUCCGUAGUAAAAGGGUCUGGGUGCUAAACUGGCCUGCCAGCAGUCCAGGCCUGUCACCCAUUAAAACAAUUGCUGCAUUAUGAAAGGAAAAAUACAACAAAGGAGACCCUGAACUGUUGAGCAGCUGAAAUCCUGUAUCAGGCAAGAAUGGGAAAACA